GAGUGGCCCAUUUCCUAUUCCCAUUAUGCUUCAGGCGAAUUGCUGUCAAAGCUUCGAGGAGAAAAGGCAGUCGACAAGAAACGUAUUAUAUUGGAUAGUUACGGGUUGGACAUAAAUAGACCAAGGCGACCAUUGCCAGAAUGCCGAAUUGCCCAAGUCGUCCAGCGAGUAGCUUUCGGCGAUCAUCAGGAAGCAUGCGACUUGCCUCCUCCUCCACCUCAUCCCACGGAUGUUGUAUCUGUUCGCAAGCUGAUGCGAUCAAAGAUGAUCCGCUGUAAGCGAUGCAAGAAUAGAUUUAUCGAGAGGAAUAUCUACGAACGGCAUUUAAGAGAUAAGCACCCUGAAGACUAUACAGUAUAUAUCGAGGAGCAGGAGGCGGAAAUGGAGCAACAACGGCAGGAAGAGAUUGAGGCAAAUCGUAUUGAAGAACUACAAACCGGUGGAUUUAUUCCGCCAGAAUCAGAGAUCGAGGCCUCAUCAUUCGAAGUGGAUGUUGAAGGGAUUCCCUUACCUGGCGAGAACAACGGCGGCGUUGCUCCUCGUUUCGACCAAUAUGGAAGGCUGAAACAGCUCAAAAGGCCCUAUAAGAAGAAGGUCUCACCGCAGUGCCCUUUUUGUGAUAAACGGUUUCGCAAUGAAUACUCCCUGAAGAAGCAUUUUAUCAAAAAACAUGCUGAAAUGGUCGAAUUUAAACAAUGUACUAGGUGUUUCAAAUGCGUGAAGGAUGAAGAGGAAAUGGAAUCUCAUCUUUGUGAAUUAACUUUCAUUUGCUUUGAGUGCACGCCAAUUCGUAAUUUAUGCAGUGAUGUGCGGUUGUUGAAUCACCGAAAGAAGUUCCAUCGAGGAGCGAAUUCUGGUUUCAAAUGUAACCUUUGCAAUCUGAAGUUCCUAACGCCGAGGAAGCUCCGCAAACAUAAGAAGAUGUCACAUGUAUUCACAAAGACAUACCAGUGUCAUUUUUGUGAGGAGAUAUUCAUUAGCGAAGUAGCGGUGAUGACGCACGAACGGAUUCAUACGGGAAUUAUAAAGUUCGAGUGUCGGAUCUGUGAUUUCAAAGCCAAUCGUUUCAUUCAAAUGGAGGAACAUCGUAAAAACGAACACGGUUAUAUUUGUGCGAUUUGUCAAGAACGGAUGGCUGAAUGGAGCGAUAUGAAGCAUCAUACUCUGCUUAAGCACGGUGGCUAUUUGACCACUGAACAGAACGCUGGUGAGCAUUACCUAUCCGUUAUUAUUCAUGACUCUCUCUCAAUACCAUCAUCUCCGUAUUAG